AUGAUCGAUGUCCUGCAAAUAUUAAAUGCUACUGAUUCACAGACCAUAAGACCGCACUGAGAUUCGUGAAAUAACACAAAAAAAAGAAUUAAAAAACAAACAAACAAACACAAUCGACAAAUACGAAAAGGCGCAGGAAGCUAAUGUGCGUGCAUGUGAUACUAAAUUGAAAGCGAAUUUAUACAUUACAUAGUUUCCAAAAGUUGAUGCUGAACACGGGCCAGCAACACGCACCCACAAAUUUUCAUUUCCUUUUUAUCAAAUUAACAACAAAUGUACACCCGUCUUUCCACUUCGUUUAAAGUGAAACGUGUAAAAGGAGGGUAAAAUAAAACAAAAAAAACACCGUCUCGGGGAUCAACAAGUGGGAGGCAAACGAUAUCGAUAACGAACGAAAAAAAAAAUAUGGAGCAUCAACAGGGCACGGCUCAAAAUGAUGUACAGCAUACGGUGAGCGGAACUAAUGGUCAACAAAUUCAAGUGGUUUCGAUGAAUUCAAUGCCGAUAUCCAAUACAGGCCAACCGAUUUUGGUACAAUCAGUUCCACAGCAAUCGCUGCAGACAAUCGUUCAACAGGCAGCACACUCACAACCCAUGGCACAAAUACUCCAGUUACCCGAUGGCCAAACGUUUCUCUAUCAGCCGAUGCAAACGAUGAACGAUUCAUUGCCGACACAGCCACAAAUCAUUAAUAUCAAUGGAAAUUUGAUACAAAUUCCCGGCACCACACCAACAGCAACAGCGGCUCAGACAAUGAAUGGGCAACAGGCGCCUAUGAUGAUGCUUGCCACAGCAGCGACUACCAACUCAACACCAAACACCGGAGGCAUUGCCACCAUAUUGCCCACGAAUACGGCAACCAAUAUGUUGAGUGGCACUAACUUGGCCACCGCAACAACAAACGAUACGGUAUUCUCGGGCAAUGCCACAUCGGCCAGUAACUCAAACACAACCGUCGACGAUGUAAACAUUGACGCCGAAGAAGAGCCCCUGUAUGUCAACGCCAAACAGUACAAACGAAUAUUGAAGCGAAGGCAGGCUCGUGCCAAACUGGAGAGUCGCAUUCCAAAAGAAAGACCAAAAUAUUUGCACGAAUCACGGCAUCGACACGCCAUGAAUCGGGUGCGAGGAGAAGGUGGACGGUUUCAUUCACACGGUGGCCCUGAAAUGGGACCGGAAAUCAUCAGUGGGCGUGAAAUCAGCAGCGGUCGUCCAAUUCAAAAUCAAAUGUCACAUCAAAAUAUUCAGUCGGCUCCGCGACAAAUCCAAUCACAACCACCGACACAAUCAUCACAUCCGCAGCCUAUCAUGAGCAACAAUGCCAUUCAAUUCAUCAAAUCGGAGAGAUAAUAUCAAAAUGUUUUGACCAAUAUGGUGGGCGUCAAUCCAGUCAAACAAUUUUACUCUAAGAAAUGAAACUAUGUGUAUGUUUUUAAUUCGAUUUAGGACACAAAUUAGGUCCCUUUUUAGAUGAAAUCAGUUUUGUAAACCAAUAACUAGUGGGCAAAUAAGAAAGAAUUGUUCUAUAAGUGAAUCGAAUUGUAUUUACUUUUUAAGCGAAUAAAUAUUUUUUGAUCAUCAAAACUCGAAAUAAAACCAGUUUUAAAAUCUA